AUGUACUUUUCUAAGGUGGCCACAAUCCUUCAAGGCGCCAGCUUAUUUGUGGCAGCCUCUGCUAGCUCUACAACAGCUCACAUAUCUUCAGGGUCUAAAAGAUUUGAUUGUUUGGGGCGCAUAUUUACCCUAUCUGACUAUAUAGAAGAAAAAUGGGAAGCGGUAAAUUUUAUCAUAAGUAAGAAAUUGAUAGGGAGAUCAUCACAUGAAAUGGAACAAGAAUACUUAAAUGAUGGACAAACAAAUAAGAUAAUAUAUAGUGACCAGGGAACAACGAUGUACUAUUUAUAUCAGCUUCGACGCUUAUGGUACACCGAAGAAGACGACAAUUUUAAUCAUAAUGUCAUGCAUCACCUCUUAAUUGAUAACCUUUAUCGAGUUUCUGGCAUCAUGCUUAAAGAGAGCUGGACUACUCGAGAGGGGAGCAGGGUGGCAGGUAGUGGAGCAAGAGGACCAAAAAAAUCAUUCUGCACCAUCAUUGGUUAA